AUGAUUGUACAACUAAUUGUUGUUGGACUGGCUGUUAGUCAAGGUAUGGUGUUUUUAACUGAUUCAUAAGAGCUUAAAGACGUUUUUUGAUAGUUUAAAGUGAUUUAUAUAAUGAUUAUGCUUACUAUUGUAGCUUGAAAUUAAAAAAACCUUGAUUUUAACAUAAGUUAUUUCAGUAUUAUCCCACCCAACUCCUCAAUUCGGACAAAGCGGCCAAUUCGAAAGCCAUGAAGGUAGACAAGGUCAACAAGGAAGCUUCGGCCAAGAAGGUCAAUUUAGACAGAACGGUCAAGAAGGUGGCUUUGGAAGUCAAGGUGGAUUCGGAGGUGAAGGAGGAUUUGGAGGUCAAAAUGGCCAAGGUUUCGGCCAAGGACAAGUUUCAUUUGAAGGCUCUGAACAACGUCAGAAACGUCAAGAAUCCUUUGGAAGUAUAGAUGGAUUCAGCCGAGGUCCAGGACAAGAGAACAGUCAGUUCGGCCAACAAGGUGGUGAACAAGAUCAGUUCGGCCAAGGUGGUCAACAAGGUGGCUUUGGAGGUGAAAAUGGCAAAGGCUUUGGUCAAGGAGGCCAAGGACAAGGUAACGAAGGAUGGGAAGGUCAUACUGGAGGACCACAGAAACGUCAGGUUAGUGAACAAGGACAAGGAAAUGGCCAAGAAGGUCAAGAUGGUCAACAAGGAGGUAGCCAGCAAGGCCAAAGAAGCCAACAAGGAAAUGAACAAAGCCAAAGUGGUCAACAAGGAGGUGAACCAGGUCAAUCACAAGGUCAGGGAAGCCAACAAGGAGGUGAACAAGAUCAAAGUGGUCAACAAAAUCGUCAGAAGCGUCAAGCUUCAACUGGCGACAACACCGAUUCCAAUCAAAGCCAAGGCCAACAGUCUAAUCAAAACGGUCAGUCUGGCCAAGGUGGAGCUGGUAAUGGUCAAGUAGGUCAAGGAAAUGAUCAAGGAGCUCAAGAAGGACAACAAUCAAGCCAAUCAAGUCAAAAUAGACAAGAUAAUAACCAAAAUGGACAGCAGCAAGACUCUGAACAACGACAAAAACGUGCCGUUUCAAGCGAAAGCCAUGAACAUAGUCACGAGAACUCAGCUGGAAGUCCAAACCAAAACGAUAGACAACAUGAAGAUGGUUCGACUGGUCAGUCAGGCCAAAAUGGUCAGCGACCAAGCCAGGAAAUCGACAGAAAUUAA